GAGACUGGAAAUUCUCUCAACAGCGCGGCGCUGUUGGUGCUGGCUCCAGCGACCGAGCCUCUCGUUACGGACAACGCCGUUGCCAGCGCUACAAUACCCGACGUACCAGCAAUGGAACGCCAUGUGGGGCUCGACGCUCGUGGCAGCACCGAUGCAGAAGUGCUGGCAGUAAGCACGUCGCCAUCACCGUCGAGCACAACUUUUGAGAAGCCCAGCACGUCCGCAGAAGCGCCAACUGUUGGGAUGGAUGGUGCUUCACAACACGAGCAGCAACAGAUGCGACCACCGGACGACAACCCGAUGGAGACGACUGCAAUCGAGACGGCAGUGCCUGCAGACAUCGCCCACGACGACCGCGCAAGUGAUGUAUACACGCCGCUGGGCACCGACGAUGGCAGUGUCCGAAGCACCGACGACACUGUGCAAGCGACGCCUUCGAGCGAGCCUUCAAACACUGCCAAGCAGGCCGUGACAGAUCCCGUGCACGCAGCCACCGACGUGGCGCCGCCUCAACCUUCAACUGAAGACGCUCUGGCUCGCACUGUCGUCUCGCCGUCGCGCACCGACGACGGAACCAACGUCAUCAACACGGACGCCGCUGCGAUACGGUCGACACCAGUGGCUGACGACCACUCGCGCCGAAACUCGAUCGAAGAACUUGUUGCCAGUGCUUCCAAGACGUCAUUUGCACGGUCGCUCGAUGCUUGGGGUGCGGGCGAGCCCAACGAUGUCGACGCACCAGAGGAGUUUGUGAACCCGCCGCCGCUCGAUGACGCCGUCGACGAUGACUCACCCCCGUCGAUUGCGUUGCCUGGGACCCCCGUGUCCACCGACGGCUCGGCGCCUCCGUCAGGUAGCAUCGAAGACGAGUUGCCGUCGGAUUCGCAGGACGUCGACGCCACCGCCAUUGCCACUGACACUGAAGAAGCCCCGAUAGCCUUGGCGGUCGGUUCUGGUAGCUCGUCCAUGGGAUCGUCGUCAACACCCGAGAUGCCGCCGGUGUCACCGAUGGACUCGAACAAUGGCGCCAUGGACGACGAUGCCUAUGAUGAGACCUUUGAAGUGGAAAGUACGCGGGAUCUUCUCGCUACGCUGACACCACCGUUGGCCGCUGAUGCGACGGAGUUAUCUCCGGGAGCAGCGACCUCGCCGCUUGGUCCAAGCACUUUACGUGACGACAACGUUUCGGAUGAGUACGCGGACGACGCUAGCAUUGACAUUGCCGUUCCUCCGUCACUGUCGACCGAGGCUACUGUAGCGUCUGUCGUCGCAGUGCAAGCGGCGUCCACGGACGAUGACAGUUUAAGCGACCCCAAGGAUGCUGGGGAGAUGAGCGCAGCCGCACCGCGGUCAGAGACGCCAGUCGUUGCAGCUGAUGCACGAGACGAUGACGACGACCAAGCUGCAACCCAGUCUUUCGACGAGCCUGCUUCAGCAGAACCACCUCACCCGCCAUUGGCGGCUCCCGAAAGCGCGAUCACCGAGAUGCAAAACGAAGCGCCAUCGGUUGUACAAGCGGCGAAUUCCAAGCUCGUUGCAGCCGCCAUGAGUGACUUGAGUACGCCAACGACCUCUCGCGCUGCGGAAGCAUUGCCGCCAUCAGACGGUGGAAACAACCAUAACGAGCCAUUCGAGACUGGCCAAAGCACGCAGCAUCUGGUCACCCCUCCGACGACAGAGACACCGAUGUCAAUGGACGCGGCCGUUGUGUCCGUGGCGACGGACGAUGCCGCCGAGCCUGCAGCCAGCGAAGCGACGACGUUCGUGCCUCAGGAAGCUGCAGUGUUGGACGACAGCGGGCAGCUUUCGACUUUGCUUUUGGUGCCCGCCGCGCUCGACCAGGAGGACGACACCACAAGCAGCAACGACAAUGUACCAGCGACCGACGUGGAGAUUGGCGCCAUCACCCCCAUGUCGUCCGAUGUGCCCAUGGAGAUGCUAGAUCCGGUACCUGCCAGUGCGGUCGAGGCUGCCGACACGCUGUUGAUCGAGUCGGUGCACGUGGACGAUGCCGCGUCAGAGACGGAUGGUGACGAGGAAGGCGCUGGAAAUGACGACGACGGCGACGCAGCCGACGACCAUACCAUUUUGGCGACGGUGGAGAGCCUCGAAGCGACUGCAGGCAACAAUAGUCGCCGCGGAAGCUUUGUGGACGCCUACAUGGACGAAUUCAAGCUCGACGAGGAGGACGCCGACGACGAGGACAAUACAGAUUUGGGUGCGAGUUUUUACGAAGAUGGGUUUGAUGACGACGGCGCGUCCUUGCCUGCCGUCACCCAGACGCUCGACGCUUCCAACAAUGGUGUGCUGGCGGCGGACAAUGUACUACUCGCACCCGAAAUGCUGGACAAGAACACGCUCGAGCCUCACAUGGCUGCAGCAACGGACACGGCGUCGUCGCCAGAAAAAACUCCGUCCGAAGACGUCCUCCAAGAGCUUACAGCACUGGAAACGAUGCCAGAACCAAUGUCGUUGACGGCAGUGACGUCGCCACCGAGUCCAAUUGGGAAUGCAGCGCAUCUCUCUGCACCUUCCGAGGUGAACAACCAGCUUGCGGCGGGCGUCCUGGCUCGCAACGUAUCUUCGAUGGUAGCCACCUCCUCUCGGGGUGCAUCCCCGACACCAACGGCGCCAGAACGCCCGACGGCAACACCACCGCAAGCAAUCUCACCGACGCCGACGACAGUGCAGCCGACUAGCAAGCGCGUCGUGGUACCCGCCACAACUACAUCGUCCGUUGAAGACUCGAUCUUUCACCCGAUGACAACCCCACGGACAACAACGCCCCGGGUCGCUACGGCGCCGUCGUCCGAGCCACGGCAACACCCAACGCCGGCCAAAUCCAGCUCAGUUGCUCGUGCACCUUUGAGCACGGCUGUAUCGGUCAGCGCGGCGCAGACGCCGAAGCGCUCUCCGGCGAUGCCUGCUGCGACCGCGACGACGCCAAAACCAACCAUCAGCAAACUUCGGCAGCGGCUACCGCCCAAGAAAGCACCGGCAGAGGUCGAAACACCGCGGCCACCGCCACGUCCGUCGGUGCCACGUCAGACCAAACCACCGCGAAUCCAAGUCGAGACACCGCGGCGCGAAUCGCGAGCGCCCUCGAUCUCACCACGCGUCGAUGCGAUUGCGUUCGACUCGCCGGAGAAGAACUACCGUCCGUGGCGCCAAGACACGGCGGCACCCAAGUCGCCCAAAAAGAAAACGGCACCGGUGGUCGUGAAAAGCCCGGAAAAGUUCCAUUUCGAGCCCAAGGUCGACAAAGUCAAGGAAGAGUGGCUGCUGCUCAACAUGUUUCGUCAAGGCGACGUGUCGCAGUACGCUUCGUUUUGCCACGUCCCCAAGCCCAGCGUCGACCGACCGACGUCGGCCGAGGACCUGCGCGUGCCCAGCUCGUUUCAGACGAGCACGCGUCGACUCGUCGCGCCAAAGAAGGCGGCCGAGCGCCACGGCCUCUUGGCCCGCGAACGCAACUGGGUCGACGUCCCAAAUGGCAAGAUCCCGCGCUACGAUGCGAUAUUGGACAAAUAUUGCCAUACGAUCACGAGCCCGUCGGUGCAAAAGCAGAUCUACAGCGCGGUCGACCUCUCGCCCCAACUCGCGUACGUGCUCGAGAAGCGCGUGCAGCAACAGCGCGACGCCGAACUCGCAUUUCUGGACGCCAAGCCGGCGCCGCCCAAGCUGCGGCCGACACGGCCAACGAAACCAUCGACCUCCAGCGCCAAGCUCGCGAGCACACAGAGCAUUGUGUCGCUCAGGUUUACAAAUUUGUACUCGGGCUAAGUACAAUCCAUCGUAUUAUCUACUAUUUCAC